UGAGCAAGUAUAUAAAUUAUAAACAUUUUUGCCAUUUGAGAACAAGAAUAACAUAAGAGCUAAAUGGACAUUUCUGCCCUCUAAGGAUUCAUUUCACAUUUUCACAGCCCGCCAUUAAACUUUUGCUUCUACUACACAUAUAAAGCACUUAAUUCUGUCUCUAAUCAUUUCCCACCUCCACUCAAACCUUACUUAAUUCCUAAACCAACGAAAUAUGAUCAUCAAUCUUCAGAACAAAGAAUCCCAGUUUAUGAUUAUUGCAAUUAUAAAUGCGUUUAGCCCUAUUUUAUUGGUCAUUUGGGUGAAAUUAAUCUUGUGUCUUGAGUGUAGAGGACGGAGAUGGAGGUGCAGAAAACGAAGCCCAUGACGCUCCAUCAAUUGUCAUUUGAGCGAAACAACAGUUUUGUCAAUGCCUUACAGGAGCUCAAGAACUUGAGGCCGCAACUUUAUUCUGCUGCAGAGUUUUGUGAAGAAUCAUACCUUUACAGUGAGCAGAAACCAAUGGUCUUUAUCAACCUAAAAGAUUAUGCUGCUAGAGCUCUUGUGAAUGCCAUUGAUCACCUAGGCACUGUUGCUUACAAAUUGUGUGACCUCCUUGAGCACCAAAGCUUAGAUAUUUCAAUCAUGGAGUCGAAGAUCGCAUGUUUAAAUCAGAAAUUUCUAACAUUCCAAAUGUAUGCGGUUAAAGAAGGCCUCAGGAGACAUCAGCUACUAGCAAUCAUCCCGAGGCAUCACAAACAUUAUACUUUACCAAAUUCUGUCAGCAAGAAAGUGCAGUUUAGCCCACAGAUUCAGAUGGAUCCUGGGCAACAUAUACAAGCAAGUUCAUUUCUUUGUUCUUCAGAUGAAGGUACCCCUGCUACAAAUUCUCUUUCGAUCCCGAGGAAUCUAGCAUUAGAAACCAAAUCAGCUUUGAAAGAGGCUUUGUAUGCAUUCACAAGUUGCGAGGACAUAAAACUAAAAGGUUCUGAAAGAGCAUCAGAAACCAAGUCAACUUUGAAAGAGGCUUUGCGUGCAUUAUCCAUGAGUUGUGAGGACACAAAAGGUUCUGAAAGAGCAUCCGGUGCGCCCAACAUGUUAGUUUUAUUGACAGAUAGUGAAGAGAUCAAUAGGGCACCUCAAUCAACAAAUGUGGAUUCUGCAUCUAGUGUAAGGAUGCAAGCGUUGGGCCUCUUGGGGCGGAUUAUGUGUGCAUGCGUGAUACAUGAAGCUAUUGCCUGAAGAAUCGUAUAUCAGUAGUAUCUGCCCAGCUUAUUGCUGCUCGAUCAGCUCUGUAUAAUCAGUACAUUAUAUUCAAAGGAAUCCCAUUUUGUUUUGCAGAAAUCAAUGUUGCCUUACAGAUCAUUGGAAGAUUGUCCAGGCACGCAUUCCUUCUGCUUUCUUCUUCAAGCAGAACAGAUCAAAAUUGGAGACUGGUAUUGCAAUGACAUAAAGUGUUAUUGCCUUAGGAAUGCAGGAUACAUAGUACUGCUUUCUGUCACUUCUUUCAAAGAUUCUUGGUUAAUAAUAUCUAUAAUUUUUUUCUGUGUA